CUCCACCCAACGCGACACACCAACCCAACAAUCAUCCUCAACACCAGCGGAGGAACAGCAGAGAGGAGAGGAGGCAUGGACAGCGACGACGAUGACUACGGCGACCUGGACGACACGGCCUUCCUAGAAGCCGCCACCCAGUACGACGACCACAACACCUCAUUCCACUCGCUGCCUCGGCCACCGCCCAAACGACGGAAGAUUGACCACUCUAAUGAAAGGAGGACCACCACCCCGUUCAUUCCGCCAAGGCCCGCAGCAGCGCUGCAACAAACAACCCGGUCCAGCAGCAGAAGGGGCCCCUUUAUCGAUUCGGAUUCAGACGAAAAGGAGGAUCUCGAUGGUGAGGAGGAAAUUGUCGACGAUGCUGAUUUCGAACCUCGUUCCCGUAGUAAUGUUGCUGUCGCCGCCGUCGCCAAGCGUGCAUCGCCAAGUAUCUCCGACGACGACGACGCAUCGGAAUAUGAAUCCACCCACGACACCAGCCCAGCGAAAUCAAAUCGCAGCAAGCGACAAAGGAAAUCACCAGGCCAUGUGGACCCCGAAUCAGCAUGGAAGAAAAUCAUGCCGAAGACGAAGAAGGAUUAUAUCCACACGCCUACGAACGUCGUGGACUUGACGGAUAUUUUUCAAACGCAGCCGCCGCUGGAGAACUCGCCGCCUUGGAGGACCCGCGGCGCGAUCUGGUCGAAGCCUGCGACUGCGAGUAUUGGGGUCCACAGGCCCGCUGGGAAAGAGAAGGAGGGGAAUGGGGGGCGCGAAGGUGUGAAGACGACAGUGAAUCCUGGCAGGCAGUCAAUAUCUUCGCGGCCGAAACCACGGCCUCCGUCUCCUGAGGUGGAUGAGUUCGAUACGUUGAUUGACAUAGACGUCAUCAAUGAUGCUAUUCUCGAUCAAUAUCCGGACGUAGUGCCGGUCCAGGAGACGAGCAACGAGUCUUACGAUCCCGCGCAAGAGCUUGCGGAUCUACCGUCUGAUGCGUUUGAAUCGAAUCCGUCGUCGCCUCAGAAAGAGGACAAUGACGUUGCGUUCAUGUCCGAGAAGAGGCAUCGGCUCGUGGCUCCGCAGACUGGACUGCGCCAAACGACGUUGUUCGGGCGUGGCAGCUUCAGCGAGGUUCCGGCAUCGCAGGCGAACAAGCGCUACAAUUUCGUUGCCAGCCAGAAGAAUGAGCCUCCCACUCACCACAAGCUAGACCCCGAAGCUAUGAAGACGUGGGUGUAUCCUAUCAAUCUCGGGACGAUUCGAGAUUACCAGUUCAAUAUCGUGGCUCGUGGUCUUUUUCACAAUCUCCUUGUCGCUCUGCCUACAGGCUUAGGGAAAACUUUUAUUGCGGCGACUAUAAUGCUUAACUGGUUCCGAUGGACCACCGAGGCGCAGAUCGUGUUCAUGGCUCCUACCAGGCCUCUCGUUGCACAGCAGGUUCAGGCGUGUUUCGGGAUCGCUGGUAUACCGCGCUCCCAGACAUCGAUGCUCACAGGAGGUGUGAAGACUGGCCUACGAGCCGACGAAUGGGCUCAUAAGCGCGUCUUUUUCAUGACGCCACAGACCCUCCUGAACGACUUGAAAAGUGGCAUUGCUGAUCCGAAGAGAAUCGUUCUGCUGGUAGUAGACGAGGCGCACAAGGCCACGGGAUCAUACGCCUACACUGAGGUAGUCAGCUUCAUGCGACGCUUCAACCCGAGCUAUCGCGUCCUCGCCCUGACUGCCACCCCCGGAAGCGACGUCGAAUCAGUGCAAAAGGUGAUUGACGGACUAGACAUUUCUCGGAUCGAGAUACGAACGGAGAACUCCCUAGACAUCAAGACAUACGUGCACAAACGGAAGGUAGAGACCCAAGUCUUCGAUAGGAGCGAUGAAAUGGAUCUCUGCAUGGAACUGUACACGGAAGCUUUGCAACCCAUCAUGAACAAGCUCGCGGGGUUGAAUGCCUUUUGGACCAAGGAUCCCCUUGCGCUCACGCCGUAUGGCUGUACGCAGGCACGUGCGAAAUACUUCACCGAUGCUGGACGGAGCGUCAAUUCGGGCGUGAAGAUGAUGGUGAGCGCCAUCUUCCAGGCGCUUGCGUCGAUAUCGCAAGGAAUGGAACUGCUCAAGUACCACGGCAUACGACCCUUCUACACGAAGAUGAUAGAGUUCCGAGACUCGACAACGAGCGGGAAGUCUAAAUACAAGAAGGAGAUCUGCGACAGCAAGAGCUUCAAGAAACUCAUGGGCACACUGCAGACAUGGGUGCUGAAGGAUGAGUUCAUCGGACAUCCAAAGCUGGACUACCUCGUCCAAGUCAUCUUGCAGCACUUCGCCGAUGCCGCGGAAGGCAGGAACCCCGAUGGUGCUGCUCCGUCAGAGACACGUAUCAUGGUGUUCGCGCAUUGGCGCGACAGCGCCGAGGAGAUUGUGCGGGUCCUGAAGAGGCACGAACCCAUGAUCCGACCGCGCGUGUUCGUCGGACAGUCGAAUGCGAAGAAUUCGGAAGGCAUGCAGCAGAAAGACCAGCUAAACGCGAUCGCGGAUUUCAAGAAAGGCCUGUUCAACACGCUUGUUGCGACGUCCAUUGGUGAGGAAGGAUUGGAUAUCGGCGAGGUCGAUCUCAUCAUCUGCUAUGAUUCCAAGGCAUCCCCCAUCCGCAUGCUGCAGCGCAUGGGCCGAACGGGUCGCAAGCGUGAAGGAAGGAUUAUCCUGUUGCAAAUGAAAGGCAAGGAGGAGAACGACGCAAACAAGGCGAAGGACAGCUACGAGAAGAUGCAGGAGCUUAUUGCCGAGGGCUCGAGAUUCGCUUUCCACGACGAUGUCUCGCGGCGCAUUCUGCCCAGAGAAGCUCAGCCUGUGGUGGAUAAGAGGGUGGUAGAUAUCCCGCUGGAGAAUUCACAACCUGACUUUCUGCCUGAGCCCAAGAAGAACGGCAGAGUGCCAAAACGACCGCCAAAGAAAUUCCACAUGCCGGACAACGUCAUCACCGGGUUCGUUACCGCGGGCAAUAUGAAUACUGAAAUCGCGCCCAAAGCAAAAGCAGCAAAGCGAAAGUCGGCACAGAUAUAUCCCAGUGAAGAACUAUACUCGUUCCCACCUUUACAAGAGGUGUUGCUGGACGACAAGCAGACUCAUGAUCUCGCACGGCGGUUCCAGACGGUCUUCGACGACGAGGACCAGCCGACCGUCGGUCCCGUAGAUAUGUGCAAUCACCCUGCCCGACAGCGGUCGUUGCCGCGUACCCAUCACUUCCCGCGGCCCGGGCAAGCAACGCAAUGGUUCGCGCAGACGCUGCGAAAGAUCCACACAGUCGACCUCGACCGGAUCGAGCGAUUCCGAACCCGCCAGCGCAUUUCCGACCGCGAGGCAACACCCGAUCGAGACAUUCGCGUGCCAAACGACGGCUACAUCCCAGACCCCGUCGCACCGCCCGAGCCCGUCAACGAAGAAGCAUGGGCAUCCGACGACCCAGCCUCGCAACCAAUCCUCCACAAAGCCGUCAAACCCCGAGCGAAACCAGGCCCGAAACCCAAGCCAAAGACAACGACGACAGCGACCAACACCGCCAAACCCACCAACAACGCAGCUGCCCCCAAAACACCAGCCCGUCGCGGCCGACCCCCCAAAAAAGCCACCGCUCCCAUCGAACCCCCCAUAGAAGCCCUCAACACCUCCCCAGAAGAAGAACGAGUCAAAACCCCCCGCUACCGCGCCUCCGAGUUCGUCGAAGAAGCCGAAGAAUCCUCCCCACCACCCACCGACCCGCGCAUGCGCCUCGCAACCCAAGGCAUCGACCUCGGCUCCGACGACACCAUCGGCUCCGACGAACUGCAAGACACGCAGGCCUACCUCCUCGACUCCGACCUGCGUGACUUCAUCGCCGACGAAAACGACGAAGAGGUGCCGGAGUCGAGCCUCCCGAGCCUCGACAUGAAUGGCCUGGGCCGCGGGACACAGGCUGUCGUCAAUGGCGCGAGGGAUCGGCGGAGGAAACCUAUGGCGAAGAUCUUUACGAGCGAUAUCACGGACGACGGGGGUGGGGGUGCGGUGCUUAGUAGUGAUUCUUCUGACGGGGGGGAGGACGAAGUGCUCGUCAGUCGUCGUGCCGUAGCAAGGAAGGGAGGGAGAACCGUGGUCGUGGGCGACUCAGCGAGCGAGCGGGAGAGUCUGGACGACGAUGAUGAUGAAGAUGGGCCGGUUGUGCGGAAGGUGGCCCGGCCACGGAGGGUUAUCAUCGAUGAUGAGGAUGAUAGCGAUGAUGACUGAUCAAUUGAUCGAUUGAUUUUAUUAACGACACGGAUGAUCAAAGAGGGAGUAUAUAGACGGGCGAUUGGGAGGCUCAACAGCGGAUUAUUGGCUAUGGUGUGUGUGUGCAUUGGGAGCACGGUUUUAUAUCCCACACAAUUUUUCCUCGUUUGGAUAAGAAGCAGGAAGGGAGAAGAGCAAUGGAAGCUAGUAUUCGCCGUUUUUAUAGUCGAUAUGUAUCUAUAUCUAUUUAACUAUACACUAUCUGGUGGAAAAACUCGGGCAUCAAACGGGAGCGAAGUGAGAAUGCGUGUUUAUGGUCUUGCGAAUGUUUACCGUAAACGUUUGAAGGUUGUGGAUGGGAAUUAAGGGUUGAGAUUGCUAGAGUAUGUGAGGUUAUCUCUAUGUCG